AUGGCGAAGAAAGCGGUUUUGAUUGGGAUCAACUACGUGGGAACAAAGGCGGAGCUACGAGGCUGCGUCAACGACGUCCGUCGUAUGCAUAUAAGCCUCGUCCAACAGUACGGAUUCUCCAAGGAGAACAUAAAACUGUUGAUCGACACUGAUAGCUCUACGAUCAAACCGACCGGUAAGAACAUCCGACAGGCGUUGUUGGAUCUCGUUGAAUCGGCUAAACCGGACGAUGUUCUCUUCGUCCAUUACAGUGGACACGGGACGAGGUUGCCCGCAGAAACUGGUGAAGACGACGAUACUGGUUACGAUGAGUGUAUUGUUCCCUCCGAUAUGAAUCUCAUCACCGAUGAUGAUAUUAGGGAUCUUGUGGAUUUGGUGCCGAAUGAUUGUCCCAUUACAAUCGUCUCAGACUCUUGUCACAGUGGUGGUCUGAUCGAUGAAGCCAAAGAGCAGAUCGGAGAGAGCACAAAGAAGAAGAAGCCGAAGCAAGAAUCUGGAGACUCUUCAAAGAUCAAGGAGACAGAAGACGCAGUAGAAACCGAGACUAAGGAGAUCAUCAAUGAGCUAGGAAACAGAUCUCUACCAUUGGAGACUUUGAUCGACAUGCUGAAGCAAGAAACAGGCAACGAUGACAUCGAAGUGGGGAAGAUCAGGACAACUCUUUUCGAUAUGUUUGGAGAAGACUCAAGCCCAAAGGUGAAGAAGUUUAUGGAUGCGAUUCAGAGCAGGCUGCAAGAAACUGGUGGUCAAGGUGAGAUAUUGGAAACAAUUGGAGAACUGGCUCAAGAGUUUCUUGAGCAGAAGCUAAACGAUGAUGUGAAACUAGCGAUCCAAGAGGUCUAUGCAGGUGCAAUCAAUGGUGGACUUCCGGAUAACGGUAUAUUGAUCAGUGGUUGCCAAACGGAUCAAACUUCUGCUGAUGCAAGCCCACCGGGUCACCCGGAAUUGGCUUAUGGAGCAUUGACCAAUGCUAUACAGAUCAUACUUAAGGAGACUAAAGGCAAGAUUAGUAACAAGGAACUUGUUUUGAAGGUUAGGAAGCUUCUUAAGAAACAAGGGUUUGAGCAACGACCGGGGUUAUAUUGCGAUGAUGGUUAUGCGAAUGCUCAGUUUAUAUGUUGA